GGCAGGGGGCGCGGCGGCGCGCGCCGGCGGCCAUGUCGGAGCUGGCGCGGGAGGAGCUGUCGGCGCUCGCCGCCAUCUACUGCGAGCCGGGCGCCUGCGAGGUGCUGGCGGCCUCAGAGAUACAUGGAAUCUCAUUUCGAAUUCAAAUCAGUGUGAAAGAAGUGCUGGAUACAGAUGUAUGUUUAAAGCUGUUAUUUCAUUUACCAGUCAAUUACCCAUCAACUCUACCAGAUAUUUCUGUUAACUCAGACCAGCUUACAAGGGCCCAGUGCAUGGAUGUGAAAGAGAAAUUACUUGAACAAGCAAAGAAGCAUCUUUCUGAACCCAUGGUACACGAUCUGAUUCUUUGGGUACAGCAGCAUCUUAAAGAAGUCAUUAAGCAAUCAGCAGCAGUUUGCAAUUAAAAAACUACUUUGUCAAAAGGAACAGAAGAUGGUAUCUGGAUGCUUCUUUUGCAUUUAGAUCACAUGAGAGCAAAGGCAAAAUAUGUGAAAACUGUGGAAAAAUGGGCUUCAAAUCUAAGGCUGACUGGAAGACUGAUGUUCAUGGGCAAGAUAAUAUUGAUUCUUCUUCAGGGUGACAGGAGCAGCAUUAAGGAGUACUUGAUUCUUCAGAAAACUUCUAAGAUAGAUGUGGACUCAAGUGGAAAGAAAUGCAAAGAGAAAAUGAUGAGAAUACUUUGUGAGACAGAAGUACAGUCCCAGCAUAAAAGGUUUCAGACGUUUGAAGUCAAAGAAUACUCGGCACCGGAGGAGCUACAAAAGGAAUUUGAAACUGCAGGACUUACAACUAUUUUCUCUGAGUUUGUGCCUCCUCUCUUAAAAUAAAAUUAAAAGAAACCACUGGACCUUUGACCAAAGCAGUAAUUGACUGCAGAUGCUGAUGGAAGACAGAAGGACUAACGUGGCAAAACAAUGUUGAAGCUUUUUUAAAAAUUUUUUUUGCAAAAAAUACCAGUAGUAGUCAUCCUUUUGCAAGAAAAAGGCAAUUAAUACAUUAAGAGCUGGUAAUUUUUUGACAUUUAUGGCAAAAAUCAAUGUGAUGUUGGUUGUUUUAAUUGCAUGGCAAGCAUGAGAGACUGGGAAGAAAUAAUGCUAAAAAAAUAGUCUUAUAGUCAGACUCUGUUUUAUAGUCUGUGUUUUUCAAUGUUCUGUUUCUUCUCUCUCAUGGUAGAAUUUGUCAAUAAUGGCCUGUGAGAAUGCAUGAUUAAUUUUGUUUUGGAAGACUGUAUGAAGAUAUUUCCAUAAAAAACAUAGCAAAACCACAUUUGAAUACGUGAGGACAGCAUAUACUUAAUGUCCCUUAGGAGUUCAUCUGCAAAUUUUUUAUUCUCCCUUUAUUGACUACAAAUACUAGAUAGCUGAUUUGAAGAAAAAGCUCAUGUCACUUGAGGCCUGAAAAAAAUUAGAAGUGUCUUUUAGAAUGUUAGUUUUUAUUUUAAAAUUUGUAAAAACAUCCACACGGAGGAUUUAAAUUGAUAAAAAGCUGAGGUAUAGCCAAUUGUGUAUUUUCUCUGAUAGUUUACAGAUGUCUUUUUGCACUUUAUCUGGUUUUACUGUCUGUGCAGCUUCAGUUAUCUUGAUUCAAUUAAACUGUUGGAGCAGUAAGUCUUUCAUGUUGUCUUUCAUGUUUACAGACUUCAGUCUUCCAUCUUUCAAGGCUUCUGCCAAGUUGGUAUUUUUGUUUAUUUGGGUUUUUUUGGAUUAGUUACUGGCGUUUUCCAACCUGUAAUUUUUUAAAUCAGUAUUUUGUGUUUUACAUCAGUAUAGGUUUACCAAUUAUAUGCAUAAUUUAUGAAUUGUGCAAAUUGUACAAGUUCUGUUUACCUAAGGAAGAUUGAAUAUUUUUUUAUUACGAUUAUUAAUGUGUGUCCUUUGGUUUCUAUUUUACCUGAAACCAUUCUCUAACAAGACUAGAUAAAUUAUGCAGUAAUAAAAAUCUUGCAAUCGCGAUUUUCUUAGUAGCUAGCACUGCCAUUUGCCAUUUCAAUUGGCUUUAGCAUGUAGCAUAUGCUUUACUGCUCUCUAAAAUUUUCAGAAGCGAAAUGUCUCAUGUAUUCUGUAAUUAAACAGAUUUGAUCAAUUGAGUAUAAACUAAUUUAUUUCCAUUGUUCUGAGGGAAGACCGGUACUGUUUUUUUAGUUCCGAAAGUGUGGUUUGGCAAAUAAUUAUGUAAGAUCUGAUUUCCUGUUUCAUGCUCAGACCAUGAGAUCAUACCUCUUCCUUUAUAUAUUCUAGAAAAGCAACUAAAGCAGACUAGAAAGAGUUUUAUAUUUUACUGUUUGAAUUAUCAGAUACAUAAAGGGUUGUAUAUUGUUUGAAAGUUUUCUGAAGUUUUUCAGGAGUUUGGUGAUUUUCCUAAGGCAGAGUGUCUCAAAUAUGUAUGUUAUUUUAUGUACUGAUGCAGAUUUACUGAGAUAGUUGCAAAGUUCUUCUUAGUGACUCAUGUUUACUACAUACAGUACUUCAGGCUCAGUAGAAAAGAGACUGAGUUGAACAGGUUUUACAAAUCUGUUCUAUAUUAUUUUAAAAUUGCUUCUUGAGGGACAGGAAAUCUAAUUUUCUAUCAUUUUAAGUGCAUGUGAAGAUGAAUUCUUACUUUUACAAAGAAGAACAAAACAGAAGUAUCUUUAAAAUAUUGAAAUAACAUGUAUUUUGAAUUACAAUUUCCAGAAUCGAGCUAUUCUCAGGUGUUGAAAAAAUGUGUGUCAGUGCAGUAUAAAGUUUUGAAAAGCUGCAAAGGGUCUCUCCUUAUACUGUGUGACAGAUCUGACAAAUACCAAACUCAAGAAAAGCCCUAUACAUGUAUAGCAUAAGAAAACAUAAUCAGUAUCUCUCUGCAAAACUAAAUGUUGUAAGAUUUCGCCAGAUGCAUUGUAGAUUUGCAGACUUAGAAAUCAGAUUGAAUGGCAUUACCUACUCGUGUGAUCUCAAAAUGCAUGCAACUUCAAAAAUAAUUGAGGCAUAAGUUAUUGUGCCUUUCUUGCAAGAUUAGAUGCAGAUUUACUGAAGUUUUCCUCUCUACUAGAAAAGCCUUUUUUGGUGUCAGUGGCUGCCAGUUGCACUUGAAUAUAAGCCCAUGUAUUUUUUUGAGUUUUACUGCCUGAUGCCUUCUUGGUCAACUGGUUGGCCAGAGCUGGCAUUCUGCAACAGCCAGUUAAAAAGAUAAAGUUACAAUUGGGUAAGUUGCAGCUCUCUCAUCUUCCUGCCAAAUGAAGUUGUUGUAAGAAGCUGGACCGUUUCUUUGUUUCAGGAGUUGGAAAAUGCAGUUUAUACAAUGGAUUUUUACCAUAGCUGAAUUUGUUAUUCACUAGCUCAUACUGGACAAAUCCACAAGUUCACUGUAGGAAAGGACUACAAUUUAUAGCUUGGUUUGAUGUGCUUCAGGAGAAUUACAACUCUGAUCAGCUUGAUACAGUUCAGACAGCAGAGAACAUGAAAACUGAUGUCAGUCUGAUUCUGUUAAAGCAAAUGCUUUUGCCUACCUAUCAAUCAGUUAUUUUGAAGAGUAAGAGGAUAUCUUCUGCUCAGACAAGUAAACAAUAUUUUUAAAGGCUAUUCUUUUGGAAGGAUGUUGCAGCUGUCUGUUAACUGAUGGUUUGUUUGCAUUCAUUGUAAUAAGAGAUGAGCUAGCCUGUGAGCCUCUGGGGCACAGAAGUCAUCAGAAUGGGCCCUGUGGUGCAUGUUCUGCCUUCCAAGGGAGCUGAGGCAGACACAGAAGAACAAAAUGCACAGAUACAGAAGAACAGGAAGCAAGGAAAAAAUGCAUCAUUGUGUAAAAAGUUAGUGAAGUGUAUGUAACUAUUGGAAUCUGACAAUUUAGUUGCAAGGAAGAAGAAAUCCACAAAUUAAAGGUAAUUUAACAAAUUAGAAGCUAGCUUUCUUGUGGAUGUGGUGUUAUAAAUAGUUCUUCAAACAGCCUGGUCAGUAAAGCCUUGUUUUCUGUGACAUUGCUAGUUUCUAAGCUAUAGCACACAUGAAGCCUUCCCUGCAGGAGAUACAUUCCUGAUGGUGUUCUCCCAGGUGGGUUCCCCUGUGCCUGGUAUUCAUUGUGCAUAAAUUGAUUAUUUCUUGCAUAAAUCUUUAAAAGUAUGAAUAGCAUUUUUUCACCUAUUACCUUCUUCAUCAAAGUCAUUGGUACUUGGUUUCUUUCAGGUUGUUAACCUCAUUUUAAUUGAAAUGACUUAAAUUCAAAAUUUCUAGGAACUCUGUAGUAUAAACAUGCUUGCUUCUGUAUAGACAGCACAGAUGUGUAACCAUCAUUUCUUUUUAAAAUCAGGCUAAAAUGAAACAUGUUGUAAUAGGAAUGACAACUUAAAAAAUCAAGUUUUUUAGGACAAAACUGAGGUUUGAUUGGUCUUUUUGAAUACCUUGGCUUAUUAUUGAAGAAAACUAAAAAUAAAUUGCGGAAACAAGAAUGAUCCAGAAGAGGGAAAUAAUGAGGGAUAUCAUCAGUAUUGGGAAUUCACCUGGUUUUCAUAUUUAGUGUCAGUACUACCACCCCUUAAUUUGUUAUUUGAUGUUAUAGGGAGGACAGGACACUGUAAGAACUCAUAUAUGAAUAUCCUUGACACAAAUUAAAAAUAACUGAAAGUAGAUAUUAUUUUUUUGUGAAUAAGGCUGAUUUUUGUGGUUUUGUAGUUACAUCUCAUUUUCCUAGAGUAAGAGUAUUUCUCUUUCUUUGGGUGUGAAUGACCCACCAAAAUCCACUGAAAUGAGUAUAAAUUAUAUGCAGAGGUACUGUAAUGAGCCUUAAGAAACUUCACAGUGGAAAAAAUAUUUUGUUCGCAUUGUUUCUUUUAAAAAUAGUUUAAUAAACCCUACAUACAGAUGA